AUGUACGCAUUCAAACCAAAGACUCCCUACUCGUUGCUGCUAAAGUUCACUGUAUAUAGAACAGUCAAAAUCCGAUGGCUGAUACUGUUACCACCGCCACCACCACCACCACCUUUAGCCACCAACACCCACUCAUUCAAUAGCCACAUCAACUACCUUUCCUCCCAAGGUUCCGACCACCAAUUCCUCCUCACCUAUGCCUCUAUGCUCCAUUCCCAAGUUCCUUCUGAUCCCUUCACCUUCCCCGCGCUCCUCAAAGCAUGUUCAUCUCUCAACCUCUUUUCCCUUGGCCUUCUCCUCCACCAAUGCAUCAUUCUUCUUGGCUUCUCCCUUGAUUCUUACAUAGCUUCUUCUUUGAUCACUUUCUAUGUCAAAUUCGGGUUCCCUGAUAUUGCUCGCAAAGUGUUUGACUUUAUGCCUCAGAGAAAUGUUGUCCCUUGGACUACUAUUAUUGGCUGCUAUUCUCGUGGUGGUCGUGUUCUUGAGGCUUUUUCCUUGUUUGGUGAGAUGUGUUGCCGGAAAAUUCAGCCCACUAGUGUUACAUUGCUAAGCUUGCUAUUUGGAAUUUCAGAGAUUGCUCAAGUGCGGUGUUUGCAUGGCUGUGCGGUUUUGCAUGGGUUUAUGUUUGAUAUGACCUUGUCAAAUUCUCUAUUGAAUGUGUAUGGAAAAUGUGGAAGCAUUGAUGAUUCUAGGAAGUUGUUUGAUUAUAUGGAGCAAAGAGAUUUAGUUUCUUGGAAUUCGUUGAUAUCAGCUUAUGCCCAGAUUGGGAAUCUGAUUGAGGUUCUGCUGCUUUUUAAGACAAUGAGGGUGGAAGGGUUAGCGCCUGAUCGGCAAACUUUUGGGUCGGUGUUAUCUGUGGUUGCAUCAAAGGGGGAGUUGAAAUUAGGAAUGCUAGUUCAUGGCCAGAUUUUGAGAGGUGGUUUUCACUUGGAUGCACAUAUUGAAACAUCACUGAUUGUAGCGUACUUGAAAGGUGGGAACGUUGACACUUCUUUCAGAAUAUUUGAAAGGACUUUAGAUAGGGAUGUAGUUUUGUGGACAGCCAUGAUAUCAGGCCUUGUACAGAAUGAUUCUGCUGAUAAGGCACUAUGUGUGUUCCGCCAAAUGUUGAAUCUCAGAGUGAAGGCAUCUAGUGCUACUAUGGCCAGUGUAAUUACAGCAUGUGGUAAACUUGGAUCUAUUCAUUUGGGGGCAUCCGUUCAUGGUUACAUAAUGAGGCAAGAAUUGUCAUUGGAUAGUGCCGCUCAAAACUCUCUUGUUACUAUGUAUGCAAAGUGUGGUCACUUGGACCAGAGUUUAAUUAUAUUUGAUAGGAUGAGUAAAAGGGAUUUGGUUUCUUGGAACGCAAUAGUUAGUGGAUAUGCACAAAAUGGCUAUGUAUUCGUGCAUCUUAGUGGACACUUCUUUGGUAGACAUGUACUGGAAAUGUGGCCAUUUGGAUGCCGCCCAAAGGUGUUUCACCCGGAUGCCAUAUCAGGACUUGGUGUCAUGGAGUGCGAUAAUUGCAGGGUAUGGCUAUCAUGGCAAAGGAGAAACUGCAUUUAG